GUGUGAUUUCACAGUCAGUAGCGCCACCUGUCGCUUGAAGGCGGUAUUGGCCGAUGAACACAUUGUGAUGCGUUGCGCCACACCGCCACAGUGUGUCUUUCUCCUGGCAAACUUACCAUCCCGCGUUAGCGCAGCGGAGGAAACGACAGCAUCUCUCGUUUCACCAGAGGAGGAAAACAAUGCCACUAACUCCAGGUGCAGCGAGUUUACGCAGAGAUUGACACGAGCCAUCGCUGCAUCAUCUAUGCGGAGCGGGACGGGACAGGUGCACGGGGUGCAGGGCUACAUUAGAAAGAAGACGAGAGCACAGACCCGCUUCGUUUUAAAGUUUAAAACCCCUUAAACACCGAGACGCUGCGACAGUCGUCUUCUCCACUGGAUUCCGGGCGCGUUUCCCUGUGCGUAAAAGCGCACGAGCCUCGGGAGAUUCCAAGAGUGCAACAUUGCAACAUCAAGCUGCGCGGGCAAGCGUGCGCUGCAAACACAACAGCACGAGCGUUCCUACAGAAGUGCACUGAUAUUUCCCAUCUUUAUAUAUGACAGCUCGUGAUUGCAUCCAUCACCAGAUGGCUGACUUGGUUUAGCUGAUCACUGGCACUCGAUCUAGCGCGGGAAUCAUAAGGAGAGGACGAUGUUGUUGAAGGAAUACCGGAUAUGCAUGCCACUAACAGUGGAAGAGUACAGGAUUGGUCAGCUGUACAUGAUCAGCAAGCACAGUCAUGAGCAGAGCGAGAGAGGAGAGGGUGUGGAGGUGGUGCAGAACGAACCGUAUGAGGACCCCAACUACGGCCCGGGACAGUUCACGGAGAAACGCAUUUAUCUCAACAAAUUGGUGGAUUGGAGUUUUGUGGAUUAUUGUGAUGACAUCUUGGACAGCCUAAGAUGCUCUUUCCUGCCAAAGUUCUCCAUCCACGUUGAGACAAAGUAUGAAGACAACAAAGGCAUCAAUGACAAUAUCUUUGAUACAGAGCCCCGAGAUGAAGAAACAGAGGUGUGCUUUAUUGACAUUGCCUACGAUGAGAUCCCAGAGCGCUAUUACAAGGAGUCUGAGGACCCACGAUACUUUAAAUCCGAGAAGACAACCCGGGGUUUGCUGAAGGAAGGCUGGAGGGACACACAGGAUCCCAUCAUGUGCUCCUAUAAGCUAGUAACGGUGAAGUUCGAGGUGUGGGGACUUCAGACACGUGUGGAGCAGUUUGUGCACAAGGUGGUGAGGGAUGUGCUGUUGCUGGGUCAUAGGCAGGCUUUCGCUUGGGUUGAUGAGUGGAUUGACAUGACAAUAGAGGAAGUGAGAGAAUAUGAACGAGCCACUCAGGAAGCCACCAAUAAGAAGCUGGGAACCUUUCCGCCAGCUAUUUCCAUCAGCGAGAAGCCCCUGCCAGCCUGCGCUCGUAGCGGCACAUCCAGCGCUCCCUCUACACCCCUCUCCACUGAAGCUCCAGACUUCCUUUCUGUGCCCAAGGACAGACCACGGAAGAAGUCAGCUCCGGAGACCCUAACUCUUCCUGACCCAGCACGGAGAGACUCUGCCUUCCGCCUUCCCAGUCUCUUUUCCUGGGGUCCCAGCACCCCGCAACCUGAGUAAACCUCAGUUCUGGCCUUAGUUUAUGAAAACAUACCCCAGUAAUUUGUUUGUUUGACACAAUCAAAUAAGUCUCUCUUUAAAUACUAAAAUAUACUUACAGUUUCCCAAACAAACACACACACACACAGAGUGGCUUUUCAACCUGUCCAACCUCAUGUUUUACACUGGGAGUUAAUUUACAAUAGGCCAAAAAGUGCAUUCUGACAUACAAACACACUACAGAUCAUUGUUACAAAUAUCUCAGGAGUUGUCCCAUUGAUAGACAGAGCUGAAUCUUUUUCUUACUUAUUUUUUUGUUUGUUUCCUUCUUGCUGAGCCAUUUUUCCUACAUAUGUUGAAUAUGGAUAGGAUUUGUAGCCAAUGUUGUUUUGGUGUAGUGGGGUAUUUAAUGGUAUAUUCUGCUCGGUUAAUAUUUCAGUUGUGAUAUUAUGUUAACGUGACUUUUUCCUCAGGCUUCUGAAUUUCUCACUCAAAUUAAUCAGUGUUUGACAUGUACUGUACAUAUCUCAUUUAUAAGAAUGUAGGGUUCAAUUUGAUAGUGGUUUCACUAUGCUCUUGUCUUUACCUUUGAUCAGUCCCAUUCCCAUGGACUCAGAAAACCAAGUUAUACCAAUUUUACUGACCUAGCACUUUUGCAUGGUCUGUUGUUAGACAAUACAAACUGGAACUUGUACAUACUGUAGUUUAUCUUCAUAAUAUAUUUGAUAGGUUGCGGAGCAUCUGCCAUGUAACUGAGUAUGCUGUUCUACAUUAUAUGUUCUUGGUUGGGAUUAAUGUGAUGCAUUAUUAUCCAUAAAUAUGAAUUAAGUCCUCAAAGAAUGCUUGAUAAUUAGACUGUUGUAUAAUCUUUGAGCUCUAAGGAAUGUUUGCUGCUGCUGCUGGCCAAUGUAUACUUUGUAAAUUGUAAAGCUCUUGUAUUCUUGCUGGUUCCCGCAUAUCUGUUCUUUUAAACUUAAAUACUCUUUUCUAAAGGAUUCAGAAAUGCACAUGCCAAAUCUUGGGAAAUCAUGCUUUUGAUGUCAACUGCCAUUGUGAAAUUAAAGCAUUUGCUAUCCAUUGGGAUUUCUACUUCAUUCCAGUUUCACCAAACCUGUCAUGUCUUUCCCAUUUAUGUUGCAAAAUAUGCUGUUUUUUGGUAAAUCCAUGCUUACCAGAAAUGUUAAGUGUGAAGUGUUAUACAUCGAAGUGAUGGAUUAUAGCAGCUUUCAUAUCUUUAAUAAUUAAGAUGCAAUGGCUUUUCCUCUCAUUCUAAAGGUCUUCUUUACUUUGAAUGACAUUGCAGUCUAAUGCCUGUGAUUGAUGUUUUUUCCUGCACCAAUCAAACUUGACUGAUGGGAGAUUUGUUGUAAAAACUUGACAGGUACAGUCUAUAUGAUGUAUUAAUUAGCCUUGCAAUUCAUAGAGGUUAUGAUAUAAUUAUAGAGGUGAAAGAAAUAUUUUUAAAAGUUAUUUGCAUGAUUGAAUUCUCCAGAUGGUCCUAACGAAGAUAUGGAAUUACCCAUAUUUGUAAUGGAAUUACCAUCCUUACUGGUGCAACCCUAUUUU